ACAAGCUUUUUCCUCGGUGGCUCUCUACUGUGCGCUCUCUCUCUCUUCUCUCUUCUCUCUCAGAGACACACGCACGCAUCAAAAUGAUAUCUUUGGCUGGUUGGCAAUCAUCAUCUGCGUAUAUGAAUUUGAGCUUUCGCAAGGAUUCGUUUGGCUCGCUGUCAUCGUUCUUCUCUGACCGUCUUCUCCCAACAAGUUUUAAUCGAGAUAGAAGGAGUAAUGAGAGCUAUCGAUUCUAUAAACUGAAAUGUGCACUUGCGAGGGUCAAAGAGUCUCCUUCCCCAAGCACUGAUACAUUGAUAAGAGAACCUCAUAAAUAUUUUGAUCAGGUCAGCAUCACAGUUCGUUCUGGAGAUGGAGGCCAUGGUGCCAUUCUUAGUAUGCCAAACCAGGGAGCUCCUUCUAAAUCCCAAGGAAAACUUGAAAAGGAAAAGAAGAGGAAGAAGACUUCAUAUAAAAGAGAUUUUGAUGGAUCACUUAUCCUUCCUAUUGGAGGACAUGGUGGGGAUGUUGUAAUCUACGCCGAUGAGGGCAAAGAUUCAUUGUUGGAAUUUCAUAUGAAAAGGCGACACAAUGCAAAGCGUGGGAGCAAUGUUGAUGCAAUGGGUGUUUUGACCUCUCAAUUGCAUGAUGGACUUGCUGCCUCAACAUUGCGUAUUUCAGUACCUGUAGGUACGGUUGUAAAACAUAAACGGGGGAAGUUUUUGGCUGAUCUAGCUCGCCCAGGUGAUGAAAUUCUUGUUGCAAGGGGUGGACAAGGAGGGAUUAGCUUGUUAGAAAUGCCAGAGCAUAGAAGGAAAAGAAUGAUGGCUUUAACCACCAAUGUGAUGAGGGAUGACAGUGAUAAGGUUUUAGUGCUUGGGCAGCCUGGCGAGGAGGUUAGUUUGCAGUUGAUACUAAGAGUAGUUGCUGAUGUUGGUCUUGUAGGACUCCCAAAUGCUGGAAAAUCAACUCUAUUGGCAGCCAUUACGCUGGCAAAGCCUGAGAUUGCUGAUUAUCCAUUCACAACCUUAAUGCCAAACCUUGGACGUCUUGAUGGUGAUCCUAUGUUGGGGGCAGGGAAAUAUUCAUCUGAAGCAACAUUGGCAGAUUUGCCUGGUCUUAUUGAAGGUGCUCAUCUGGGGAAGGGUCUUGGUCGAAAUUUCUUGAGGCACCUGAGGAGAACUCGGUUAUUGGUCCAUGUUGUUGAUGCAGCUGCUGAGGAUCCUGUGAAUGACUACAGAACUGUAAAAGAAGAAUUGCGCAUGUACAAUCCUGAUUAUCUUGAACGGCCAUAUAUCGUGGUGCUCAAUAAGAUAGAUAUUCCUGAGGCAAUGCUUAGGCUUCCAUCUUUGACUCAAGAAAUAUGGAGAAUCGGAUGCGAUAAGAUACCUUCUAAGUCUGAGACAAGCUCUGUAACUGCAGUUCAAUCGUCGUCCAGUUACAGGGAAAAUGCAAAUGAUCUUUCUUCUGGGAUCCCUGAUAAGGAUCAGAAGGUUAAAGAAAUCGAGGAGUAUCCACGCCCUCUAGCUGUUGCGGGUGUUAGUGUCUUGAAAGGAAUUAGGGUCAGUGAAAUAUUGGAGGAGAUAAGGGCUGCCUUGCGUAAGCAAUUAAAGUAUCCUUGGAACCAUAAGAACUUUGAUAAUUGUGACUCUGCAUAUCACCCGAUCGCGAAUGGUUAACUUGAGACGUUGGGCCUUUAGGUUGGCCAACUUGUUCUCCCAAGCAGCAGGACAUUUACUAAUUAACAACUCCCCUGCCACCCCGUGCUGGAAAUGGGUACACCGUGUACAAUUCUUGUGUUGUGGCGGCUCCUUGCCAAGUUCUCAUUUCUAUGAUCUUGGAUUUGUCUAUAGAAUGGAUACGGUUGCUCUAGUUGUAGAUUGCUUUUGUUUGAUAUAAUUUAGAUGUUGUAAAUUCCAACCCCUAAGCUAAUACUUUCUAUGCCUGUUUUCAUAUGUGCCAAUUCUGUGUUAUAUGAUUGACGUGAGUGCACUUCCACAUUUUGAGUGGGCUGGAAGUGCCAUAACCUGUCGUAUGAUACAAAGAGAGGAGACAGUUAAUGUCAAUCUUG